GGAAAGAGCUGCAGAACGGUUUUAAGAUCCUAUUGAUCAUAGAACAAAAUCUGUUUAUUGCUGUGGGACCAAGCUGCUGUGUGGCUGACAGAAUGUCUGCUUCUGUUAAACCGUUAACGUCGUUUCUUAUUCAAGACAUUUUGGCCUUUAAGGAAGAGUCACGCUUGAGCACCCCAAGGUACGCCUGUGCCAAAGAACCGAGGGAACGCGAUAAAAGCCCCGACAGCAUCUCGGCAGGUCGGGACACACGGUGCGCCACUGGCGAAAGGGCUUUUGCGUGUGCAGAUUCCACAAACGAAGACAUCCAGGAGUCUUUCAGCCAUGCUCGUGAAACUGGCUCACACGACAAAAACACCUCGACGGACUUGAAGGCUGUGGGAAACGUCCGCAACGAAAGACCGCCUUGUGGCAGUUCCCCGGAGUGUGGCCGCGGCCGGUCCGCGGACAGUCGGAGCUCAGGCGGUAAGCAGAAGCGCUCCCGGGCGGCGUUCACGCACUUGCAGGUGCUGGAGCUGGAAAAGAAAUUCAGCCACCAGAAGUACCUGUCGGCCCCGGAGAGGGCGCACCUGGCCCACAGCCUGCGGCUCACGGAGACACAGGUCAAAAUCUGGUUUCAAAACAGGAGAUACAAAACCAAACGGAAACAGCUCGCUACCGAAUAUGGCAAAGACCCCUUUAAAAGAGCCACUGGACUGCCUUGCGUGGGCACGGAGGAGGACUUGAUAAGAGCGUCACUGUUCGCGACCAUGUACAAGACUUACCACGAUCAACAGCCCUGCCUUUAUGGGCUAAACGUAUGGAACUCUGCUGUGUGGUGAAAACCCGAAACGGGCCCUCAAUAAUUUAUAUUUUUUUCAGUUAUGCUGUUUUCUAUAUUAUAUAUGUGAUACAAAAUAAAAACAUGUAAAUAUUAUUUCUUUUUUAUAAUAAACCUUUUUUCACCUAUUGGUAUAUUGCUUAUAGCUUUUCUCUUUUUGGACUUGGGGGGGCGAGGUUGGUUAUGAAGUCGUUAAAGUAAAUCUCAUAUAAAUUAAGUAUUCAAAUUCUGCCCUGAAAUACUAAUUUUAGCACUCCUUUCCUCCUAACACGUAUUCUGUUAAGAAAUCCAAGCACACUUCUGUUUGCCUUUUGUUCUAUUUAAAUGACACACAUUUUCCUUUAGCCUUUAUGCUUAAUACCAGUAAAUUAAAUGAGUAAUAACAUUCACAUAUGCCUAAUAUGUACACAACACCAACGAUCAUAAUGCACUAUUAAGAAAACCAUAAUUAGAAAAAUGCAUAAUUAAACUUCACGCUACUGUACAUAUGCAGUAUAGCAAUAUUAUUCUUGUAUGUUUUCCUGCUGUAAACACACAUCAACUCUGAUAUGUGUUGAGAAUAUUGCUCAAUAUAUAUUAUACAGUGACAUUCAUAUAAGUCGUAUUGCAUUAAUUUAAAUCUUCUGACGUCAAUCCUUUCAUUCUGAAGACAGUAUGUAACUAUUCUACAUCGAUGUGUAAUUUUGUAUUAAUUUUUAUUUAUUCAGUACAUUACAUUUAAAUCAAAUAAAA